AUGAAAGCAUCCGCUGCUAGAGGCAGCACGAGAAUGGGUGCUCCGAGUAGACGUGGACCUUUCUUCAUGGAUUCUGACGACAAUGAGGACGAUGGCACGAAUGAUUGUGAGGAUUACACUAUGCCGCAAGCCCCAAGCUUCACACGCGAAGUUGCACCCAUGGAAGAUCCCCUCGCGGCACGAAUCGCCUUUAUGCUCAGCCAGGACAGCACGCCGUUGAUUGACGAUCUUGUCAAGCUCUAUGUCUCGCUAGGCAGCGUCAUUUCUAGGAAAGAAGAUGCAAGUUUCAUUGCUGAAUUCGAGGCGGAACUUCAGGGUAAUUCGAAACGUGACUUUCGCAUACCAACCAGAGUUAUGACAAACCAAAUCAACAACGUCCUGAACGAGGUCUCUCCAGCUGUGGGAGAAGGGUUGACAGACGACUUUAACAUGCUUUCGAUGCAUGAAAGUGCGGAAAAGCUCCUUAGAAAAGCACGAAUGAGAAUGAGUAUGUUGGAAGAUGCUGAGAAGAGGUUACAGAAGCAAGUCGAGAAUAUGGCGCUGGAGCAAGAAGUCUUCAGAAACGAGAAAAGAUCAUUUGAGCAGGAAAAGCUGGCAUUCGAACAGCAGCCCAAACAGUCCGACUUCAACCAGGCCGGACCCAGCACAACAGCCACGAGAUCAGACGCCGAACCCAUUGUCUUCAGUUACGACUUUGAGGAAGAAGAUUGCCUACCCUUCGAAGCUUACGUCGACAUCAAGUCAGACAGCGUCAGAGAAGCCCUCUCCGCUGCGCUGAUAAAAUGGCGCAGUCAUCGAAACGGCGGCGUCAAGAUGAUGAAGCAGAUUGCGGCAGAUCGGGAUCCAGAAUGCGUGUGGACACAGAUGAGCGGCGCCAGAAAGGCUGGCGACUGGGCAAAGGGACUCGAAAAUGCUUGUCUUCAGUGCGAAAAGCUGAGCCGGCUUUGCGUUGUCGGCAACAAAGGUACGCUCAAGCUGCUGCCGUUGCAUGAGGAUGUGAGGACCACAGACGAUCCUGGCGAGAUUGAGUUCUGGAAACGCAAGAGUAUACUGAUGAAAGCUGCCAACUGCGGAUCGAAUAAGAAACGGAAGAUCUCUGCGGCGUACUAA